AUGGGUCAUUCUCUGAAUGGUGUGAAGUCCUGUCAGGGGUACCCCAGGGGUCGGUACUGGGCCCCUGGGGAAUGUUACUUAAGAAGACAUGAGUUGCUCCGCCUAUUCCCUGACCAGGGUAGUUGUCCCUCCUAUCAGGAUAAGAUAGAUCUCUCAGACCAUAUCAAUGCGUACAGUAGUUGGGAGAACCACUACACUAUCCUGGAGAACGGAUCCUUACUUAUCGACCAGUAUGGUUGGAGAGAUCGUGGACAGUUCAGGUGUUAUGUGGAUAAUGGUGUUAGUAACUCUACUGAAACUAUAAAACUCUCCCUCAAUAUUAAAUACAGGAACAAUGUUUACUACAUGUCCCUGGCUUAUGGGUUUGCUGGGGCUGCAGCUUUUCUGGGUCUCACACUUCUAGGUAAACUGGUUCAUUAUAUACUCUGGAACUACGGCUGCUGCCUAUGCUGUAGAUGCUGCAGCUGCUGUAAGGAUCAGCUCCCACCUAAAACUAAAAAGUUAACAAAGGUUGUGGAUUCCAUCGAGACAUACAGGAUUCAGCAGUUAGAGAAACUACGAGAAAACUAUAAUCAGCAGAGUCAGAGAAUCAGGGAUAAUUGUACGUUGCAGAUGGAGAAGGUUAGAGAGAACUAUAACAAUCAGGCAAAAUCAAUUAAGGAUAUAAAAACCUACGGAUCUGCCCAGUGUACAGGAGUGAAGGAUCAAUAUUUUGAUCAAAUCACAAAGAUCCGCGAAUAUUCUUCCGGUCAGCUGGACAGGUGCCACGAAAACUACAUAUUCCAGAGGCAGAGACUGAGGAAAUUUUCUGCUCAGAAUUAUUUAAAAAUCCGCGAAACAAAGCAGUAUACCCAGAAAACUUUGAACAGGGUUCUGGACAACAUGCCGGCCUUGUACCUGGACUUAUCCUCUUGCAGACAGGGAUACGGGGACCAGGAUCUCAGGGAGUGGCAGGAGGAGAUGGAUAAAAGGGAGGCAGAGAUGAAGGAUAUACUGGAUAUUGAGAAGAAUAUGAACCUGGGAGAUAUGGCGCUCAGUGACUCUCAGUCCCUCUACUACACCCCGACAGAAACACCCAUGAGGGACCUCUCCCUCUCCCCGCUGAAGGACGGAGGGGAGAUUGAGGUGGCGAGGUCCCCGGAGAAGAGUAAGAAGGGGCACAAGAGGAUGGUCAGUAAUAUCAGCAAUCUUCUCCCCUUCUGGUGGGGGAAUCAGCAGGGAAUAGUUGAAACCGUUGCUAUAGUGGAGAACACCGGACGCCACGACGAACCCACAGAGAUGGACAAACUCCUUCAAGAAUCCAUUCAUGCCCAGAAUGAAGACGACGGUAACGAAACCAUCGUUGUCGAAAUAUUAUCACACGAGUCUCAAGAAGACGACCAACCAUCGCCAAUACAUUCCAGCGAUAAGAUGGAGAUCUCCUUAGAUUCCAUAAAACAAGAAUCUGACAAAAUUUUAGCAGAAACUAAUUUUCCUGAGAAAACCGCAAUGUUAACAGCCAAUGGAAAUUGUCCCCCAUUGCAGGAUGUGGGAGAAAUGGAAGGAAACAGCACUCCUAACCAGCUGGAAGAUGUGAAAGAAAUUACGGGAAAUGUGCUUGAGGAAAAGAAGGAAGUGGCUGAAAAUCAGCCAUUGGAGCUUGAGACUAAACAAGAAAUGGCGAGGAAUUUUCCCGAGGAUAAGCAAGAAUUGGCGGGAAUCAUGAAAAACAGCCCAGAAAAUGCAGAAUAUGUUAGCUGUGAUCAAUUAGAAGCAGGUCCUGAAGCAUCAGGAUCAAACAAGUUCACUCAGUUAGAUGAUAUAAAGAAAAGCACUUGUAACGGUAGUUGUCAUGAUAUAGAAAAUGUUUCAUGAUUAACCGCCUGAAUAGUCAGCACUAUUUAGGUCGUAUUCAUUACAGCAUAAAACUGAUAUCAAGUCAGAUAAAAAUAAUGGACCACUUUUUAAAGUAUAGAUUUUCAAUAAUCAUUGUUUUUAUUGCACAGUUUUAUCGUAUUCCCCGCUCCUGUCUUCCCAUAAAUGUUCUUAUUAUUUAUAUUGUUUCCAAAUAGCCAAGUUUUAAGAUUAGAAAAUCAGCGGAGUUUUCUAAGGUUUGUGAUUUUAGUCAUUCCGUCGCUUUCCCCGCACAUACCGCUAAAUUCCCAAAAAUUACACUGUUAAUUUAAAAGGGGUGUAUAUUUUCCAGAAAAUCAUUUUUUUUCACAAGAUAGGUAUGUUUGCGCUGAGCGGAAUUUUAUGAAAGGUUGGCAGAAUUGGGGAACAUAAUUGAAUUUUGGGGGAAAAUAAAGAAUUUAUUUGAAAAAAAUGAUGAAAAACUCAAUAUUGACCCCUGUAAUCUUGUCCUCAAUAUAACUACGAAGGGAAAUAUAUUAACCCCUGUAAUCUUGUCCUCAAUAUAACUACGAAAUGAAAUUUAUUGACCCCUGAAAUCUUGUCUUCAAGAUAAAUACGAAGGGAAAUAUAUUGACCCCUGUAAUCUUGUCCUCAAUAUAACUACGAAGGGAAAUAUAUUGACCCCUGAAAUCUUGUCUUCAGAAUAAAUACGAAGGAAAAUAUUUUGACCCCUGUAAUCUUGUCCUCAAGAUAACUACGAAGGGAAAUAUAUUAACCCCUGUAAUCUUGUCUUCAAGAUAACUACGAAGGGAAAUGAAAUAUCGACCCCUGUAAUCUUGCUUCAAUUUAACUAUGAAGGGAAAUAUAUUGACCCUUGUAAUCUUGUCUUCAAGAUCAAUUCAAAGGGAAAUAUAUUGACCCCUGUAAUCUUGUCUUCAAUAUAACUACGAAGGGAAAUAUAUUUACCACUGUAAUCUUGUCUUCAAUAUAACUACGAAGGGAAAUAUAUUGACCCCUGAAAUCUUGUCUUCAAUAUAACUACGAAGGGGAAUAUAUUGACCCCUGUAAUCUUGUCUUCAAGAUAAAUACGAAGCGAAAUAUAUUGACCCCUGUAAUCUUGUCUUCAAUAUAACUACGAAGGGAAAUAUAUUGACCCCUGUAAUCUUGUCCUCAAGAUAACUACGAAGGGAAUUAUAUUAACCCCUGUAAUCUUGUCUUCAAGAUAACUACGAAGGGAAAUGAAAUAUCGACCCCUGUAAUCUUUUCUUCAAGAUAACUACGAAGGUAAAUAUUUUAACCCCUGUAAUCUUGUCUUCAAUAUAAAUACGAAGUGAAAUAUAUUGACCCCUGUAAUCUUGUCUUCAAUAUAACUACGCAGGGAAAUAUAUUGACCCCUGUAAUCUUGUCUUCAAUAUAACUACGAAGGGAAAUGAAAUAUCGAUCAGUUGUGAUAAUCUUAUUAGAGUAAAAAAUAAUGCGUAAAGAAAAUUUAAAUAAUUGUUAACUCACGCUGCUUCUUGAACUAAAAAUUUCCCUUUUCUCCUAGAAACCUAUUAAUUCCAAUUCAUUACAAAACUGCAAACUUUUUGUGUCUAAACCAUUCUCAGCAUUUCCCAGUUCAUUUCAUAAAAGUACAUGUUGUAAAUUUGUGUAUUAAAUGUCGAGUUUAUUUGUUUCAACGUUCUAGUUAAGUGCAAAUUGUUAACGCGUACUUAAAAAGUUGUACUUGUUAUUAUAGAUACAUAUAUCACUAGUUUUAAGUUCUAUUUCGGGAAUAAUAGAAAUACAGAAAAAUUAUUUGAAAAAGAAGUU